UUUGGAGUGAAUUAUAUUAAUUUCAGAGAAGCACACCCAAUGGACUCCAUGCACCUUACAAAAACGCUCAUUUUUCAUUUAACUCGAGUUAUUUUCUUCAGUCUAGUUGAGUUUAAAAUGAGCUUUUGCUGGAAGAGGACAUUUCUUAUCUCCGGUUGUCACUGUUUAAGUGAGUUUGUGUGCAUAUUUCUACCCCAGCCCCAGUUUUAGACCAGUUUAGAUGUCUCUUAAGGCAGUUUUAGCUUUGGAAACCAUCUAAAGUACCAGCAAAAGCCUUUCUAAUACAUGUUUUUGUACAUUAGUUCUGCGAAGCAGCCGACCUGAAUCGCUUGUUCAUUAUACAACUUAUGAAACUUGAGAGCACAUCCCAGUGGAGAUCCGGCUGUGCUUGCUUACAUUUGGUUCAUGACUUAAAAAAUCGAGUUCAGGAGUGAUUCCUGACGAGUCGAAGGCUCUGUCACUGCUCGCCCCAGCCAAUGCCAUCGCAGGAUUGCUACCAGGGGGAGGGCUUCUGCCCACGCCCAACCCGGUCACAUCUAUUGGUGGAGUUGGUCUUGGUGGUCUUGGAGGGCAUAACUUGGAUCCUAUGGCAGCCUUGGCCAUGGCAGCGCCCAACAUGAAUCCUCAGUCUUUGUCAGCUGAGCAACUUAUGAAAAUAAUGGCAUCCAUUGACCCCAAGCUGAAUCCUCUCGCUGCUGGGCUAAACUUGACACCUGGAUUGAAGGCAGACGCUUCUAAUAAAGAGAUCGAAGAGGCCAUGAAGAGGGUGAGAGAGGCACAAUCUCUGAUCUCAGCUGCCAUCGAACCUGGAAGUAAGAAGGACGAUAAACGGAAGCGCUCGAGAUCCAGAUCCAGACGCAGGAGGUCCCGGUCCCGUUCAAGACACAGGCGUUCUAAGAGUCAUUCCAGACGGCGGUCUCGCUCCAGAAGCCGUAGGAGGUCAAAAAGCCCCAGAAGGAGAAGGUCUCAUUCCAGGGAUCGCACCAGACGCUCCCGGUCCAGGGAUCGAAGGAAGGAUGAGAAAACCAGGAAGCGUUCAAAAACGCCACCGAAGAGCUACAGCAGCGCCAGACGGUCACGCAGUAUCAGCCGUAAACGGCACAGGAGAAGUCGCAGCAUCUCUCGUUCACCAAAGAAAUUACGAUCUCCCAAGAGAAAACUGUCCCGCUCGCCGUCUCCACGCAGACAUAAGAAAGAGAAAAAGAAGGAUAAAGAUCGCGAGAGAGACCGCGACCGAGACAGGAAAGAUGAUCGGGACAGAAAUCGGGACAAAAGAGAACGUUCCACCAGCAAGAAGAGCAAAGACAAAGACAAGGAGAGAGACCGGAAGUCAGACAGUGAUAAGGGAGAUGUAAAGGUGACCAGGGAUUACGAUGAGGAGGAGCAGGGCUACGACAGCGAGCAUGAGGACGAGCGAGAGAGGAACUCUGAUGCCGCAUCAUCCCCGCAGGCUAAAGAGCCACUAGCAGACAGCGCAGAUGAUGCGGGACACGGAGAGUCGGACGGCAACAGUGAAGACCAGCGAGACGAAGACAUGGACAUGAGCGACUGAAAACAGCCCAAUCCCACUGAUCAGUGUUUCUCUUAUUGUUAAAUAGAGUUUGGAUCGAGGAAAGCUUCUCCUACAUCAGUCCGACAGCUCUUUCCUCUCUGAACGGAUUCAUUCCUUUUUUUGUUCAUUUUUUAAUCUCCGCAUCCUCAGAAUCUGCUGUGUUCACUGGUUCAUGCUCGUGUUAAAUAUGUACUCCCAAGAUUUUAGAGCCGUUUUCUUUACUUGCGGCUAACGUGGAACGGUGUUAUACAAUGUUCAACUUCACCCUGACAAAUAAAACCAUUCGUAUGUCGGUUUGCAGUUUCUAUUUAAAGCAAUUAUCUUCUAAUUAAAAGUGCUUGGAAAACAAGCAGUUUUUCUUUCUUUUUUUAGAAAUGUCAUUGUUUCUUUUUAUAUUUAGCCUGAGUUAGAUGUAAUACGUUUGUCUUUUUAAAGUUGCAUAUUGGAAAUGCACGUAAACUGGAUUACUCUUCCCGCAGGUUAUGGCUGUUGAUGAGUUGAUAUCAGUUCAGGUUUAUCUGUUGCAUUGUGUUUUUCUGUAGUGAACACACAAACACCCUUCAUUAUAGAUUAGUUUGCGAAGAAACUGAUUUAUCUCUACUGUUUGCAAUGUUACAAAUUGAAAAUAAAACUUGAUACAAAAUU